UGGUAUUUGACGAUUUAAAAAAAUGGCAGAUGUCAAUGUCAGAGAAUGUAGAAUUAAAUUUUACAGCACUUUUUGUGUAAAGUGUCAUGUGUUAAAUUUAUUAGAAGUUUGUGUUCUUGAUUAAUAUGGUUAUCUGUUUGAUGAUACGUCCCAAAAUUAGGGAAGAGACAUGAACAUACCUGUAGUGGUGUGGAGCAGCUUGACACUUCUACUUUGUGUGACAUCGUUCGGAUUGUGGUGGUGCAUUACCGUAACUCUAUGCCUGCUCGUUUUUAUCAUUGGAGGAGUGACACUGCUGUACGUGAAACAUGAAGACGCCACUCGGAGGUACUUCGCCAGCUUGUACCGGUCCCGCCCCGGCUCUCACAAGACGGGACUCUGCAAGGUAGUGGCGCUCCUGGCGGAGCCGGCUCCGAUAUUCAAGUUGGACCGGCGCCUGACGGGCUCCCAGGUGAUAGACGAGUCCUUGCAGGAGAUCAUCGGCUAUGUGAUGCGCGACUUUGUGUACCCGUGGUACGACCGCGUCAGCGCUAACGAGGAGUUCCCACACCACAUACGGCAGACUGCGCAGCAAGUCAUUGUCACCAUUGCGUGCAGGAUGAAGGAAGUGGACUGGAUCCCGUACCUCACCACCCGCCUCGUCGAUGAUGCGGCGUCCCACCUCCGUCUCUUCCGGCAGGCGCGCGCCAAGAUCAAGCAGCAGAAGGCCCCCCCAGGGGGCAAGCCGCCGGAGAGGCCCGACGUCUCCCCGGCCGCUCCGGAGGCUGCGGUGCGCGACCGCUUCACCCCGACCAAGCCCGGGGACCAGUCGUCCGGCUCUGCGGACUCCGGCCAGGCCAAGCAGGCGCCGGUCGACCUGGAGUCCGCGUUCUUCGACCUGGAGGUCACCAUGGAGAACAACCUGUGCAGGGACCUCGUCUGCACGGAGAAGGACAGUGAAAGACAAUACUUGCAAGAUCUGGUUGAAAUCCUGCUGUACCUUCUUCUGCCGGUGGAUGACUUCCACUGCAAGCCUCUGAGGUUCCUGUUGCGAGAGCUGGUGGUCAGUGUCGUGAUACUUCCGUUGUUCAACCUCUUCUCUGAUCCCGACUACAUCAACCAGACUAUCAUAUGGCUGUGCAAGGACUUUCCAAUCACGAGUGAAGCUUUCAUGACUGCUCUGAGGGUGACGGACAGCAUAGACGAGCUGAUAGCGACUAAGGAGCUGGUUGUGAAGGAGAUUGCUCAGCUGAGGUCCCGUGACUCGGGAGGCGACGACGACACGGCCGUGAAGCUUCAGCUGAGCAGCCUGCUGUACGUGCGGAAGGUGAUCGACAACCGGACCCAGCGACUGCAAGAAGGGACGGACACCGACUCUUCCGACUGUGGCGGCGGCAGACCCUACACGCCCCCGUGGGAGGAGGCCCAGUGCGCCAUGAUCACACAGUAUUUCCCCGAAGGUUUGCCAUCAAACAUAGACUGGAACCACUUGUUCACUCCGGGCUUCAAGUUGUUCGCCCUGCCGCUGGAUGUCGUGCUGAAGAACAACAUCGCUCUGUCGUACUUCAUUGAUUACAUGUCCAGCAUUGGAGCGCAGGCCUAUCUGUUCUUUUAUCUGAACGCUGAAGGUUGGAAAGUAUCUGCAGAGCAGCAGAUAUCCGACAUUGAGCUGCAGAAGAUCAAGAGUUCGGGAGACCAGAAAGUUCCUAAAGCCUUGCAGCCAACUUUAGAGAAUAUGAAGGAGGCGGCUUACAGCAUAUUUGAACAAUACCUUUCAGAUAAAGCAUCACCCAGGCUAAAGUUGGAUGAAUCUAUUGUAAAGAGGCUUGUGUUUCGCAUCCGUAGUGAAGUACCAAAUGAAACUUGGUUUGAUGAAGUUCAGGCUGCUGUUUAUGAAAAGCUGCAGACGGAGGAGCGGUUCCUUCCGGGGUUCCGCGGCAGCAUGGCCUACGUGAAGCUGCUGGCCGAGCUGGACCUCCUGAAGGACACGUCGUCCCGGAGCGACGAGGAGGACUCCCAGUCGCUGGACGAGAUCAGCCUCUCCGACAACGUGAGCCUGUCUUCCCUGGACAUGGAGACCUGCGGCUCGCUGGACGCUGGCGCAGGAGCAAGUAAUGACGUAGCGUCGGGUAGUGUUCAGGUCGCAGUGCCUUCCUGCAACGCCGGUAGCACGGCCGCCGGCUGCGAACUGUCAGCGGCGAAGAGGCAGCAGCUGCAGCAGGGGCUGUUCACGCUCUCUGCGGAGAUCAUAGAGACUGGUAUUGUGAAUGACCAUGGAAAAACUUAUGGAAUUUAUGCUGUCUCUGUGGCGAAGCAGUAUGAAACUGGCUAUCAGGAAAAGUGGCAUGUGUACCGGCGCUACUCAGAUUUCUACGACCUGUACCAGAAAGUAAAGGAUAAGUUCGGAGACCUGGGCAAGCUGACGUUCCCCGGGAAGAAGACGUUCCACAACAUGGACCGCACGGUGCUGGAGAAGCGCAUGAAGAUGCUCAACGACUACCUGCAGAUACUGCUGCAGUCCGGGGUCAUCGAGACCCACGCCAGCCUGAAGAGCUUGCUGCUGGCGUUCCUGGAGCAAGGCGACUACGACAAAGGUGUCUCCGGCGGCCACAUCUCGCGGACCUUUGACACAUUGGUGAACCCUCUGAAGAGCUCAAUGAGAACCGUGGGCCAGGCAGUUCGCACCAUGCCGGACAACUUGCUCAGCACGGUUGACGGGGUGAUGGACGGAAUCACCAAGGUGUUCCAGGGGAAGAGCAUCCGACCCCCUGGGUUCUACGAGUCGAUGAAGGUUGGCGCUUCCUUGCACGUUGAGACUGAUGACAACAUUCCUUUGCGAAUUAUGCUGUUACUGAUGGACGAAGUGUUUGACCUGAAGUCACGCAAUCAGUGGCUGAGGAGGCGCAUUGUGACCUUGUUACGGCAGAUAAUUCGCACCAUGUUUGGUGACAUUGUCAACAGGCGGAUACUGGAUUAUGUGUCGGUGAUGACGAGUCCAGAGCAGGUUGCAGAUUAUCUCCGUGCAUUUAAACAGUCAUUCUGGCCGAAUGGUAUUCGAGCAGAGCCAAGACUUCCACGGGAUGAAGCCACAAGAAUGCGGACUCGAGUUGCUGCAAAAAUUGCCCUACUUUCUAGUCUUUCAGAUGAGUUGAAGCACGUGAUCGGCAGCGAGACGACGCGGCGGGGAAUCCUCUGCGUGUUCGACCUGUUCCAACGGCCGGUGCUAAACAAGCGCCUGCUCUACGUCCUGCUGGAGGGCAUCUUGGAGCUGUUGUUCCCGCAGCACGGCCUUCCGCGCAUCUUCCGCAAGCUGCACGCCCGCUCCCCGCGCGUCCGCGACGACUUCCAGGCCUCCCACCGCUCCAAGACGGACCUCCGGCGGUGAUGGCAGCUGCUGGGUCCCCCGCUGGACGAUGGGCAGAGCUUUCAGCCGCCGUUUUAUUGUAGUUCCUCAGUUGUGUGUGUUAUGCCGUGAUGCUCGAAUGUGUGAUAGCGUCCAGUGCCGUGUUGUUGUAGUUAACGGGUAUCUCCACUUGGUUUAAGAUGUAAGAUGUUAUUUAUACCGCCAGAUAAUUUUUAACUUUGGAGAAUAUAAUUUUUUGUUUUUGCGUGGACAGUGAUUUCAUUGUACUACUACGAAUCUUUUCUGUUUGUCUAUGUGAUGUGCUUGUAGUAAUGCUACAAAGUGAGAGUAACUGUGAUUUGAAAUGAAAUUAUUUUUGCUAAAUAAAAUUUUUUUUUUUGUGGCCACUGACUAAGUUACGAGGACAGACCUGACUGUUAAUACUUAGUAUACUUUCAUAUUCUUUGAUACAGGAUCUGGAUUGAUGUUGACAGAGAUCAGGAUUCAAAGUUGGAAUCUUAGGUGGAAUACACAUUUGUUAAAAUUUAGCUAUUUCUUAUAAGUUUAAAGGAAAAUGACUUUGAAAACAGGUCAUGUGACAAUGCUGUGUGUGUACAUAUGGUAAAACCCUCUUAAGAGACAUACCUGCAUAAGUUAAAAAAAAAAAAUUAUCAGGUGACUUAUUAAUACAUACAAUUUUACCCUUUUAAUAAGUUUUUGUUAGUAUGUAAGUCUAAAUUUCUAAGUACUUUAAGAAUUUCUUAACAGGGUUUUGCUGUAUAAGCUGUAAUUGCACUAGGCAUCUUUGAGGAUACAGGUUUACAUAAUGUUGGCGAAAUUUUCACUACAAUUUUUUUCUCUCCUUGGUAUGACUUAACGGUGUUCACUUGCGUUGUGUGACUAAACAUGUGAUCAUGCUGACAUUUCAUACAUAGUGAUGCACUAUAUUAUCAUCUACUACGUGUAAUUUAUCUCAACAAACGCUGUGGUGUAACUUCAAUUAAAUACUUUGCCUUUUUUUUUGUCUGUUUGCCUCAGUGCAACAGUUGUUUGUUAAAGGAACGAUGCUCGCUUUCUUCUCCAAGUUAGUGAAUCAAUACACCACUGAGACUUCAAGAAGUACCCUCAUUGCUGGAGGCUGGGUACAGCUAACAUUUGGGUGCCAAACAGGCAUUUAGACUUCCAUAAAGAUAAGUAAAGGUAACCUCGCUACUACGAGAACUGACAAUGGCAGAAGAUUUUCUCAAAAUGAGUACUUGUAAGCUGAAUGAUGAUGAAAUAACCAAGUUAAAAGUUAUAUUCUUAUAUCUCCCUAUGUCACGUCCUCUUUCGAAAAUAUUGCCUCGUAGGGUAAAAUUGCAUGAAGUGCAAAUGUCUUCAGUGUUAUAUUAUAAACAAAAAAUAUCUCAAUAAUUUGUUUCAUAUCUUUAUUGUGCUAAUUUUAUUGGUAAAUUUGUUGAAGCGCUGCUGUGCUGCACUUUUUCCUCUUUUUUUGUGUGUAGCUGUUGCUUAUUACCUGAGUGUUGCCAUUUUCACCCUAUCUCUGGUAUCUUCAGAGGGAGUGGAAGUGAGAGGAAAAAGUGAAAAAAAAAAAAAUUAAGAGAGGGAGAUUCUCUUCCCAGUAGCAGCCACCUUGAAGACCACAUUUCUUCCUCUCUCCUUCUAGCCAAAUCAUUCUUUCUUCCUCUCUACUUCCCUUCCUCCCUUCAAAACUCAGUUUUGUGUCAUAUAACUGCUGCUUUCUGUAGUUAAGCCUGUGUAACUAGUGCGGACUAAUCUUGGAACACCUUACACAAAUGUAAGUUAAUAUUGUGACUUUGAUGACAUAAAUGGGGCAAGUUAGUGAAGUGUCUUAAUUUGACAGUUAUUUAGGACGAUGAAAAAUAAAUACAGUAUUUACCCGCAGAAGGGUCGCCCCCUGCAUAUGGUUGCACCUUUAAUUUUGGGCAUAAAAAUCUAACAUUUUCACUGUAAGAAUCACCCUUCAAUAUGGGUAGCACCAUAUAUCUGUCUCCAGUAGUAUACAAGUGAAGUCUUUAAGAUCCGUGUCUCAACUUGUUGCUGCAUAACAGCCCUGAUGAUUACCCUCAGCCCUUCAUCUCUCCCCUCUCCAUCCUUUACGACCCUUCCUUCCCCACCCCCUACCCAUCAAAAAAUACAAAGGAAAAUAAUAUUUUUUUACCCGUCCCCUUUCCCAAGCUUACUUUUUCUUAAUUUUUUUUGUCAGUUUCUUCAAUAAAAACAAGCAAGCCCUUUACAACAGUCUUGUCGUGGAAUUUUGGAGAUUAAAUCAUGGGAAAUCCCUCACAAAAACAAUGUUUGGACACAGUUGUAUCAAGAUACACACGAUGAUUGUGCACAGUGCCAGUUCACGGACAUAGCGAAGAGAGGGGGAGGGAGAACCAUAAACACUGCUGAAUGGUCACAUGUGCUCUCCCCCACCCCCCAAGCUCUGGCUGGAUUAUUUUAAGAUUUGAACUGCUACUCAUAUUUUCCUCUAGCUUGGCACAAGUUUCCCUGCGUGCUACUUUUAUGAAAGGGCAAGGAACUAAAAAGAAAGAAUAACUUGUCGCAGAGGGUUAAAAAAAUUAAAAACAAGGAAGGUGGUGGGUGAAUUCUUGCCCUUCAGCAAGUGCGCUUCUUGCUCCUGGCUCGGCAAACAGAGAAAUUUAAUAGAAUUUUUUUUUGCAGUUAUUUAAUAAUCUGUUGGUAAAGAAUUUUAAUGCAUUUGCAUUCUGUUACAACUUUUGGUCUGAUGUGCCAUUUAAAAAAAACUGUUAUUGGAUAAGAAAAAAAAAAUUAAAACGUUUCAGGAGAUUUCUAUUUUUUAAAUCGAGUUGCUGGAUAGUUAAAAUACAUCCACAAAUUUUAUAUUUCAUUAGCAUGAUGAGUAUAUCUGGAUUAGAAUUACAUCAUACAUUAUUCUGUAAUUAGUUGUUUCAAAUAAUUUAAAAAAUUACAGUACUUCCUACUCGGUAAGAAAAUGUUUUAUUUACAAAUUUUUUUAUAUGUUUAUGAAUUCAGAUGGUGUUUCAUACUAUUUCAGGUGGUCAGAUAUAAAAUCUUUAGUUUUUUUUACGUGCUUCAGCUGAACAAUAUAUGUUUUAUAUUUUUGCACUGGAAUUUCUGCCAUAACUUGGUGGUAAUUGGUUGGAUAAUUGUGAUAAAGAAAAAUACUUUGACCAGGGUGAAUUUACUCUCCUAGGUAACAUGCAGAAUGCCUAACUGUAAAUAUGGUGCAGCUACCAAAAUGUGUUGGCUGCCUUCAGUUACUGGUUGAAAUGGAUUUUACCCCCUAGAUUUAUCUGUGAUGUUGGAAGGAAUUAGUGUGUGAUUUGUUAACUCUUUGAAGUUAGCUAACCUUUAUGUAUAAGCUUUUAAAAAAAAUUAUACCGUUAAAGAAGUUUGCUGUGUGAUAAAUCCAAUCUCUUAAUGGUUUGAGAUAUAAUUUAAUUUUUCACUUAAAUAAUGUGUUGAUACUGCACUUGUCAGUUUUAUUCAUUAAAAAAUGUAGGUACAUUAUUUCUGAAAUAUCUCUAAAAAAAAUUAUUUUUGUUUUGAAUAAGUUCCUUAGUUUUUUUUUAUUUUCAUUCUUUUAACUUUUUUUUUAUAUAAAAAUUAUGUUAUGAUAUCUAAUGCUUUCGGUAUUCUAUGAAUUAAACUUAUUUUUGAAAGAGGUGUACAAGUAUAUAUUUAUACUGAAACCAAGUUUAACAGAACCUUAAAGCUACAGGAAAUUUCAGAUUUUCAAUUUGAUCUCAAAUUUUAUAUACAAAUACUCUUUUCAUAAACUUUGUAUACUAUAUCAUCCGGUUUCUUUAAGCAAUUUAAUUUAUAAAGAAAUAUAGUGAGUGAGGCGGUAGUGUGCGGAUUAUUUACUAAGAGUGAUUUUCGAGGAGAAAAUAAUUUAUUUUAGCUCGACCAUUAUAAAUGUUUUAUAAGUUUUGACAUUUAAAUCAAAAACGUAAGGCUUAACAUGGAGUAGAUACAAAACCAAGCUGUACAAACUCAAAUGUUAUCAAUUAUCUUUCCUGAGGUUGAGAGGUGGGAAGAAGUGAAAUAGGCAUGGUCUGGUGUGCAGAUAAUGUGACUUCCCCAUUCGUGCAAGGGUUUUGUUACUUAAUGUCUUGUCACCUUGACAGUGGAUAUGCAUUAUACCUUGAAUAUGUCAGUGGUCCCAAAUUUUAUGAAUUAAAUACCUUUCACUGUAUUAAUUUUUAAAUUUUAAGUGAAAUAAUCAUAGUAUUUUAUGUGAAGGAAUAUCUUCAAGUAUUGGUGGAGGCAUGCAAAAAUUGCUUUUGCGUUAAAUAAAUAUAAAUUCGGAUCCCAAGAGAAGCAUUAUGUAUAAAUUUGAAAAUAAGUAUAUUUAUGUAUUAUAAAUCUCUUGCCAUUAAAUUGUAGUUUGUCAGUGGCUAACUAGAUCACAGCCCAUGUAUUUAGGUACUCUCAAAAAGCAAUUUUAUUUUGAGGUGUCAUAUUUUUUUAGUUUGGUAAGUUAUUUAUUUAAGUAUGCCAUCAUUUCUUUUGAAAGAUUAAUGUUUCUUAUCCAUGGGAACACCAACACUAAUAGACUACUACUGAUUUUAAAAAAAAGUCUCAUCUAAUAUUGUACUGUUUUCUUCGAAACCAUUAUUUUAAUGCCCCUCCAAUCAAAGAACAGUUAGUUUACUACACUAUGAACAUUGAUCUGAUAUAUGCUUUGCAAGAUAGUUAAGAUAUGCUUCAAACUUCAUAAAGAUCAUUUACCUCUUGUUCCAAAAACAUUUCCCAUCCAUCCAGUUUAAAUAGUUUAACUUGACUCAAAAAUCCUUUAUUAAAAAUUGUAGACUUCAAUUUUGUUUGGUAAAAACCUGUCAAGUUGUUGCCCAAGCAUGUCUUCUGAAGAGAGAUUUUUUUUUAUAUAUAUAUAAGUGUAACUGUUUAUGAUGUAUGAGAAAUGGUUUGUGUCGGCCUUGUGUAUGUGUAAGUUGGAGUAUGCAUAGAUAUCAAAGGAAAUGUUUCAUAUAAGACUGUAAUGUAAUAUCUGAACUUUACAUUAUAUACUACAUGCAUUUGAUGUGGACUGUCCACGAUAAGUAUAAAACUUAAUGUACUGUCUGAAAAGGGCAUUUUAAUUGUAUACUCAUUUCCGUAUGCAAACGUUGUGUUAUGAGAGCCUUGUGUAGAAAUUAAGGUAUGGAAUAAGAUGAAACAGGAUUUGUUCAAUCUCAGAUAACUGCACUAUUUUGACAGUUUAUUUGUGCCAACAUUAAUGAAUAGUUAGGUAAAUAAUUGCCUUUUUAAAAUACUUAGCUGUAUAAAAAAAUGUUUGGUGUAGUUCAUGUAUUGGCUGUUAGGUGCUAUAAAUUGUUUAUAUUGAGCUCAGUUUGUAUUAAUAGUUGAAUGUUUGUGAUAAAUGGUGAUGUACGCAUUUUAAUGUUGCAGGCAAUUUUAAGAAGCAUUGAAAGUAACUUUUGAAAUUUUUUUGGGCUUUGUGUUCCAUGCAGAUUUUGAUCCAGUUGCAUUCGUUGAUGUUGAUUUAGCACUUGAAAAUACCAAUCGUCUCUUAUUUUAAUGGAUUUUUUUUAAAAGCAAAUAGUUAAUGAAUUGAGUCAUUCCACUUAUAUAGUGAAGACUAAAGAUCUUUUUAAGAAAUUGUGUGAGAUUUCCUUCUUUAACAGGAUUGUGUUAUUUGAUACUUAGUAAAUUUUGUGUAUUUUUUCACUGCAGUUGCCUUGACAAUGUAGAAUACAGUGUUCUUAAGAUUAACUUAACAAAUUUAACGUGUCACUAAAAUUUGAAGUCUGUAGGUUUAACUGUUACUGUAGUGUAGUCGUCUUGACCUUAUAUUAUUUUUAUGUGUACUAAUUAUAUUUAAUUUGUCAAAAAUUCAUUUUGCUCAUGAUGCUGGAUCAAAAAUUUAUUUUAUUGGCAAAUAUUUAAAGAAUUCAAAUGAUUAUAUUUUUGAUGUUUUUUCAACACCACUGAAUCUCCAGUAAAACCUCAUUGUUACAACCUGAAGGGACCAUAUUUUUAAAUUUUAAUUUACUGUGUGUAUGAAUACAAGGAAAUCUGACUAUAUAACUCAAGUUAAGCUGGAGGCACAAUGCCACAAUGAACAUGACACAACAUACAUGCUGCAGAUUAUUGAGGCAUUUGGCUUGAAUGAAUUGCCAACAGCCAUAUUAGAAGAGUAUGUCGUUAAAAUGUUGUCGUGGUAGUGUGAUCCUUUGCUAUUAACUCUGUCGUGCUGGAACGAUGUACGAUGCCUAAUUGGAUUUGUCAUGUCAUUUUGGUUGUGGCAUUGUGACCCCAGUAACUUUUUUUUUAUAAUUACAGUGGUGUCUCAUAUGUCAUUGCUUAUCCAAUAUUCCAUAUCAUCUGAUUUCCACCGCAAAAAAAUUAAAGUAGUGUGUCAAUCUGCAACAAGAACUGCAUGAGCAUGAGCAUUUUUUUGUUCUUGACUACUGUAGCUUAUAUAAGAUCCGUAAAGAGUAAAAUAAUAACAUAGUUGGAAGUUAAAUAAGUUUUUUUUAACACCACCAUGCUAUCUGAAAAUUUCUUUUAUCCGAUGUCAGCUGGCCUUUUUUAUGUCGGAUAAGCGAGACUACUGUGUAUAUUGCAAGGGACUGUGAAAAUACUGUGUGUGUUUGAAAUUUUUUUGGAUUAAUAGGUUAGUAUAAAUGAGGUUUCAGAAUUUUAAUGCUGAAAGAUAAUUUUGGAAACAUUAAUUACUGUUUGUGUAAAAAGUGGUGCACAAGUUUUGUAAAAAAAAAAUUACAUUCCAAUUUUUAAUAAGUUAUUAAUUCAUAUCCUUCUGUUAAAUAUUCUCCUAGCAAAAAAAAAAAAAACUGUACUAUAAAAUAAAAUAUAGUGAAACAAAAAUCCUCUGAACAUAGUGUGUGUGUGUUACUCUAUUUAUGUCUCAUUCUUAUGUUUUUAAAUACUAGUAAGCAAAAUGCAAAUAAUCAUUACAAAGAUGAAUUUUACACUUUUAUUUUCACAUUCAAACUACUUCUGUAUGGGUUAAAAUUAUAAAAUGAAAUUUAAGUUUCUGCAAGUUAAGCUAAUGCUGUGUGAUCUUAUUUUUGUAUGAGUAAAUUGUAUAACUAAGAAUGCUUGUAUAGUCAUGUAUAUUUUAAAAAUUGUAAUGUAUAUUUUAAAUAAUGGACAGUUUGAUAGUGAAUUAUUGUUAUUGAUAUAUCAUAAGUAGAGAUUCUUAAUGUGCUGUGAAAGUGAAAUUUGAGUUAUCCAACUACAUAUACAUAUGCAAAUAGUCAUAUAAUCACUUUUCAUUAAAUGGGUUCUGAAUAAUUUUGCUAUUAUUGUCCAGGGUAAGAAUUGUGUAAAUAUAGUCAACUCUUAAUUCUGCAACGUUUCAUGGUUUCCAAGAAAAGAUUCGUUAAAUUAAAAAAUUAAGUUUUUCGUGUGUAGUCUGUGUUCAACAUUUUCUACCAUUAAAGUUCUAUUUUUAGGCAUAUGUAUGUCUUGCAUGAAUGAAUUCCCCUUGUUGCCAAAAAUAACCUAAACACAGUAUGCCACGUACGUCUUAACGAACGCUGAAAGUCCUUUUAAAGUCGUUUCUUGCAGUAAAGAAAAGGUAUUUAUUAUUGAAAUGUUUUUUUUAUAUAUUGUUUCAGGUGUAAUUCCCAGUCAUCUCAGCCAUGUACAGGAACGGUCUGAAUUUGAUGGACAAACUUCAGCUGCAAAAUAAGUUGAAAACAUAUAUACAUGUAUACGACUUAUGAUAUUAAAUGCUUCCCACUGCUGGUUUACUUCUGUGAAAUUAGAGCUUAACAGCAUUAUUAUUGUAAAUAAUAGCACAAGUAUUCAAGAUAGAACACUGAGCAUCUGGAUUAUGUUUAAUUGAACAAAGUUCAACAACCACAGCAAACCUUGUCACAGUCGCUAAAUGAUUUCGUUGAAAUAAUUAGGCUAACACCUAUAUUUUCCACAUAUUUUGUGAGGUGUUAAACCCAGUUAUUUCAGUGAAAUUAUUUUACAACAGUGAUAAAAUUGGUAGUGGUUCUAGAGCUUUGUACAAUUAAAAAUAAAACAUACGCUCAGUGUUCUAACUUAAAUAAUUCUCUAUUAUUUACAAUAAAAAUGUUGUUUAUCUCAAACUUUAAAGGCGGACACCAGUCUUGGGAAGCAUUUUAGACCAUGAGUCGUAUAGAUGUUUUCAACUUAUUAGGUCUUGUUUGUAAAUUCAGACUCAUCGUGUAUACUCACGACAUGUGGGGAGAGGGUGGGUGCCACAAUGUAGGAAGCAAUUGCAAGGAUGUGACAUUUGACGUGAAUUGGGAUGGCUUACCUUCUCUCCUGCUUGUGCAACCACCCGAUCAAAACCUCUUGCCUAGCAACCACAGGAAGAUAGUCGUUUUUUUAAUGUAGAGAUGCCUUCAAACUACAAGGUGCAACUUACAGCAUCAUGUUAUCUCACACUGUUCCCACGGAAUAAUUUAUUAUAUGAAUCUACUAGUUUUGAGUUCAUGAGGAAGCUACAUUCAACACAUGAACAAGCUUUGUCUCGUUCUCUGGACUAUCAGACCAGUGGUUUUAUACUUUCACACCAUUCAGUUUUUCCGUUGUGUGGCUAGGAUAGAGUUCAACAGGUUUAUAAAGUCAUCACGGACAUGUUUUUUUUUUUUUUUUUUUUUUAUAAAAAUAACCUUUCCACUUUUCUUGGCCCAUGCCUUUUGGCUCGACUCUUGUCUAAUUAACUGAUAACACCACCUUCGUACGAUGUUUAUGGUAGAAAUCAACAUAAUGAUUUGAGAGGAAUGUGUGGGUUGAAAAUGGAUAAGGAAAUUAAAUGAUUGGUUUGCUUCGGGGGGGGGGGAGGGGGGGAAUGCAAGUGCCGCUGCAGAUGGAACAAUGUCUGACAUGAAGUGAUGUGGAUGUGUACGUGUGCCAUGAACUUGAGUGAUAACAUGCAGUUAGUGGUCCAGCAGACACACUGCUCGGUCAGCAACGUGAGCACGCCGUGACGGCAUUUGUAGUUUUGCAAGUUCCAGCUACUUGUUCCAGUACUGGUGGAAGACUUUGUGGCUAGUACAGCUAUUGUAAAGUUAAUGUUCGUCCUGUUUUCAAUUUUUUUUCACUUUUCAAACCAAAAUUUUUACCUUUCACUAAUAAUGGAUCUUGCUUUGAGAGGGUAGUUAUUUUCAGGGACAUUUGAAAGAAGAGUUGACUAUGUACAUUACUUACCCACAUCUUUAUGUGACACAACUCUGGUGUGUGUGCAUUUCAUUUGGUUGUUGAAAGUGCUUAAAGCCAUGCGAAAAAUAUUGGCUACUAUGAAACAAGGCUGUUUUAAAAUAUAUUUUAGUUUAAUUGAAUCCUUGUGUAACAAUCUAAAAACCCAUUGAAAAUAAUUGGUGAAGUCCACAUUACCAGCUCUGAAUUAAUGUAGCUUAUAUGCCUUGUAUGGACCUGAUAAGCUUUCACUGUGCAUCUAUACCAUUUAUGGUUACCUGCAGCUAUUAACAAUUAGUCAAUUAAAUUAGUUAAUAGUUAUAUCAUAAAACUCUGGUGACAGUAACUUUCAUGAAUAUUAAUAUACUCAUAUGGUCAUAUUCAUAUCACAUACUUUGUAUUCUACAAAUAAUAAACUGUUCAUAUUUAUUUGUUUGUUUCUCAAUCACUGUUUUUUUUACUUCAAAGUAGAAAGAAGUAAUAGGCAUUAAAAAUGUUACCAGGUCUGCAUACUAUGUUUGUGGAGUUGGGAUAUGUAAAUAAUUAUUCAGUAUUUUGUGUUAUGUAGAGAACAUUGUUUCAGGACAUGGUAAAAUAAUCUGAUUGAUUAAAGGUGUGUCUGAUUUGUGUAAUAUAUCUGCAAAAAAAAGUUGUAAUAUGUAUUGUGAGUACAUGUGAAAUCUCCUAAAGUAUGUAUUGAUGUUUAGAACAUUGGAGUUUUCUUUGCGUGCUUUGAGUUAUGUUUACUUGAAUCAUAAUUAAGUACAAAAUAUGUACACACACUUUGAGAAAUACUAUUUGUAAUAUUAUUGCCAUAGUUAAGAAAAAAAGGAAAAAUACUAACAUUACUUUACUAGUUCUAAAAAUUUUUGUUAACUUUACACUAAAAAUGAUUGCUUGUGCAAAAAAAAAAUGAAAAAAUAAUGUGUAGCCUAAUAUUUGAAUAAUGCUUGGAGAUGAGUGAAAUAGUGAUAUAGGUACUCCAAUGGCUACAGGAGUGCAUUUGGAUGUGAGUACAGUAGAACCCUGUUAUAAUGUUCCUGUAUAUAAUGUUUUCCUGCUUAUAAUGUCAUAUUUUUAAGGUCCCAAUAUUUCCCCCAUAAGGACAAUGUAUUUAUUUCCUGCAUAAAACGUUCAUAAAUAGUGUAAUUUCCUGCUUAUAAUGUUUGCUAUCUCAUUCAAUAAAUGGGGAAAAAAUGUUUUAAAACCAAAUUAUUCCAACACUUACGAUAAAAAGUUUCCUUUAUGUAUGUUUAUGUUUACAAUCACAACCAUACAAUACAUGAAGUUUGUUAAAAUACAAUUUUAUGCAAUAAACUAAAGGUACACAAUGUUCGUAGUUACGUGUCAGUUGGCACCCUUAGUCAACUCUUCUCUUCCUUGCCAUUCCAGUGGGUAUUUAGAUGCACGUACAUAGUCCUACGAUACUUAAGUUGCCAACCAUUGAGCGAGGGCAUAACUAAAAGUGUUUUCUAUUGCUUACAAAUAUUUUUUUUUUUCCAUUCAUACGUAGGAAUCCCAAAAUUAAACAUUUUCAGGUAGCGAAGGAGUAGACGUCUCACUCUUAAUGUUGUCAUCAUGAAUCGUGAGACAAUUUUACAAAAAAUGUGGCAGUGUAUCUUUAAAGACAAACAAAAUUUAACCAGGGAACAAGACGAAGUUGAAAAAUUGUUGGCUUGUUUCAGAAAAUUCAUGUAUAAAGUAUACUAUCUUUGGUUUUAACAUUAAAGUUGUUUACAUAGCUUGGUGAGUCCAUUGGUACAAAGCUCGAACAUUAUUAAGUGCUAAAUUGAGAAUUCCUGCUUAUAACGUUUUCCUGCUUAUAAUGUUUUUUUCUUGUGCUCCCUUGAAAAACAUUAUAACAGGGUUCUACUGUAUAUGGUUUAUAAAGAAAAAUAUUGCAGUUUGAUAUGAUUUUAAUCUUAUUUUAUAAUGCUUCAAAAUUUGGUGUGUACCAGCUAUUAGUUUUUUAGGCCAUAAAAGAGAAUUCUCAAAUGUUAUUAAUUUUUACUCUGUAUGUUUAUCCCUAGUAGAUUAUAAACUGAUGCAAUAAAUUUAAAGCUGGUCUAGUUUUUUUUUUUUUUUUUUCUCUGUUUGGUAUUCUAACCACUGGAAAAUUAAAAAAAAAAAAAAACUUUUCUUUCAAAUCAGAUCUUUUGAAUAGCUGCUAGUAACAAUGUUUUGACAUGUUCCCAUAUGUUGCUAUGGAUUUUUUUUAUAAAUUAAAUUAAUCAUGUUUGAGAAAAAAAUAUCUGUUACUGGCUAUAAAAAUUACUUCGCUGUUGAUUCUCACAUGUCAUGAGCCUACAAACAGAUUAAUGUCAAACACAAAGAUUACCACCUCAAAACACUGUCUCUACAUCAUUGCGAUAUAUAGUGCAAAAAUAUUAUAUACUAAUAUAUUCCCCAUCAGCCAUGUUGUAUCUCAUUCUACCACACUGUAAUUCAUCUCCUGUAUUUGUAAAUAAGGUAACCUUAACUUUAAACACACUUAAAUUCAAUUUGAAUCAAAGGGGACCUACAUGUCAAUUUAACUUUCACACAUUUAUAAAUAAGAAAACUGUCCAUGUAAUACAUAAUGUUUUACAUUAAAGUGUUUAUUUUAGCCACUUUUUAUGUACGUUUAUGAACUGCAUAAACACACUCAAUUACAAUUAAAUAAUUGAGUUGGUCAAAAAAUUAACUUUGUGAAUAAUUUUUAAGGGGUAAGUUGCUGUUUCGAUUUCUUGGGCUGUUCAUGUAAGGUAAUAAAUACCAUUAGUGUUAAUAUGUGAAAAAUAUGUCAAACUGUUAGCUUACUACAUACUGUCUAGUUCCUUGGAAGUAACUGAUUUAUACAUCAAAUCAAAUGUUAAAACAACGAAAAACCUGGAAAAAUGUUUUGUAAAGUUAAAAAUGGCUUCAUUUUACAAUUUAUUUCCAACAUCUAGAUGUUUUUAAACAUCAAUAUUAUAGUUUUCAUAAUUGUAAGGUUAUUGAUGACCCAUAUUUUGUUCAUAGUGAUAAUUUACAAUGGUAUGUAUAUCGGUUGACUAAAAUGAUUGCACCCCUUAUUAAUGAACUCUAUUCAAUGAUGUUUUUCAUUGGCAUACAAAUGUGCCAAAUUUUUUACAUGUUCAAUGCUGUCAGUAGUAGUAUAUAAAUCUCUAUGGCACUGGAAAUUUUUAUAACACUAAAAUCUGGGAGUGAUUAUGGAAGGAAGGGUAAUAAUAAAUGCUGGGUGGUUGUUGUCAAUUAAAACAACUAAGUUAGCUUAAAUUAAAUAACAUUUUGGAACAAGUUCAUGUUAACUGUCAAAUUCAGUUUGUUUGUAAGUAAAAUUUUUACUUGCUCUUGAGAAAUAAGUUUUUAAUGAACAUGUAUGACAAUUUGGCUGUGUCGACACCUUGUGGCAAUAUAUGUCCUGUAUGUAUUGUCAUUUAUGUCAUGAUUGUUUUAAAUGGGGAAAUUAUUUAUUUUGAAAGCCAGAUAUAAAUAAAUAGUUUUUUUUUUUGCACACCAUCAACCUUUAUUAUAGGAUUUGUUAUCUGGAAGUAGUCACUGGAUUAUCGAUUAGGAUCACGUAUCACACUUAUUUAGGAACUAAUUAAAAUAGUGCAUAAUUGAAUUGUGUUGGCAUUAAACCACUUCUGCCCCCUUGUAAUUGUGACAUUGCUGUCAUUGUACCUGCCUUGUUAUAAAUUAUAAAUGCACAGCUCGAAUUGUAAACAUUAUGUGUACAUAAAUUUUUUUUUUAUUGUUUCUUUUCUGUUUGGGUUACUGAUGUUUGGUUGAAGGGUGAAACCAGUAAAGUACCUAUGUUGUGUAAUAAUUGUACAUAAUAGUGUAAUGUUUUUUUUUUGUUUGUUUUAGUAUUUAUGUAAUGUUUGUACAAAUGUACAUUAUAAUGGCACUGUUGUAAAUGUGAA